UGUCGAUGUAUUAGGUCAGGUGUAUCUGUUUUUAGUGGACAGCCUUGAAUUUUGCACAGAACGAACAUCGAAGCGAUCUUUAUCCUUGCGUGCAAGAUCGCGAUACUUUAUAUGUGUAAUAGUUUAUCGAUCGAAGUGCUUCUUUGAUAUCGCGAAAGACAAUAUGUGUACGAUUUUGUUUAAAGUGUUUGUUGGUGUUCUUUUAUUUAAAAUCACCGAACAAGUGCCAGUGAACAAUGAAUUGAUAUUCGAUUUUGAAGAUGAUUGGAACUAUAAGAUGCAGCCAGAUACUUCUCCCAUGCUGAAUAAAUCCCAGAAUCAAUUCCAUCAACCAUUUUAUACGUUUGUCAAAGAUUUAAAGGUAGAAGGGAUUGGUAGAAUUGCUACACUACCAAACAGUUUACCUCAAUCUAGAGGCAUGAAAAUUACCGGAGACAUUAUGAGAUCAAAAAUGUCUUGUAGUGUGUGCAAUUUGGGAGCAGGUCUUCUUUAUAGGGAAAUAAAAAGUGGAAUCCCAUUUGACGAGAUCAAAGCAAAAUUCGUUCAAAUUUGUGUCGCAUUCAAAGUGGAAAGUUUGAACGUAUGUAGUGGUAUUUUUGACACGUACGGUCCAGAAGUUUUGCCAGUUUUUAAAAUUUUAUCAAUCGGACCCUCAGAGAUUUGUAAAUUAGUAUUUGGCGAAUCUUGUACCGGAUCAGAAGUUGCGUCGCAUGAAUGGAAUAUAGAUUUUCCAGAUACUCCGAAGCCUCCUGUGCAAAUUGAGCCUUUACCAAAGAUUGGUAAGCCGGCUUUCAAAGUUUUACAAAUAUCCGAUACUCAUUACGAUCUGGACUAUGUGGAAGGUGCAAGUGCCAACUGUGAAGAACCGAUAUGUUGCAGAACGUAUAGCACACCUAGAGAAAAGGAAGAUUUAGUUCCGGCUGGCAGGUGGGGUUCCUAUGAAAAAUGCGACGCCCCAAAAGUUUUGUUGGAAAAUAUGCUGCAAAACAUUGCCAUGCAACAUCCUGAUAUUGACUACAUUUUGUGGACAGGAGAUUUACCUCCACACGACAUAUGGAAUCAAACCAAAGAAUACAAUCUUAACGUAAUCAGGACCACCAUCGAAAUGGUUAUUAAAGCUUUUCCAGACACACCAAUAUUUCCGGCAAUAGGAAAUCAUGAAGCGAGUCCAUCCGGAAACUUUGCACCUCCAUGGAUGAAAGAUACAUCACAUUCUACAUCUUGGAUAUACAACGAAUUAGGAAAAUCGUGGUCCAGAUGGUUGCCUCAAGCUACGAACAAUACAGUGCACCGUGGAGCGUUUUAUUCGGUACUGCUCAGGCCCAGUUUUCGAUUGAUUUCCAUCAAUACCAACUAUUGUCAUUCUUUAAGCUGGUGGCUUCUUGUUAACAGUACCGAUCCAGCAAGCGAACUAAAAUGGCUCGUAAAUCAAUUGCAACAUGCGGAAAAUAAGGGAGAAAAAGUUCAUAUCAUAGGUCACAUUGCUCCUGGAAGCUCAGACUGCAUGAAAAUUUGGUCGAGAAACUUCUAUGAGAUUGUACAUCGUUACGAAUCUACCAUAAAGGCGUUAUUCUACGGUCACAGUCACGCCGACGAAUUCGAAGUUUUUUACGAGACUACCGAAUACAGUAGACCAACAGCAGUAGCAUAUUUGGCACCGUCUGUAACGACCUACACAAACUACAAUCCAGCUUAUCGAAUAUAUUAUAUCGAUGGAGAUCAUGAAGACUCCACAAGGGCAAUUUUAGAUCAUGAAACAUGGACAUUCGAUCUGGAAACUGCCAACGUACCAAACAACGAACCUCUGUGGUAUAAAUUAUAUUCCGCCAAAGAGGCUUAUCGGAUGGCAAGUUUAAGACCUGAGCAAUGGAAUAAUUUAAUAGACAAUAUGGUGACUAACGAAGAAAGGUUUGAAGAAUUUUAUAGAAAUUAUUACAGAAAUUCACCAGUGACUCCUUCAUGUGAUACAAAUUGCAAAGUUCAAAUUCUUUGCGACCUGAAAGCGGCAAAGUCGAAUAGCAGACAUCAGCUUUGCCAUGAACUGGAGACUAUUUUUAAAACUAAUUAAAUUUGUAUCAAUCUAAAUGUUUUUUUUUUUUUAAUGAAAUUUGUUACCUAGAUUUAUAUGUAUCUAGUUUCAACUCAUCAAAAAGCUUGCAUUAAUUUAAAAGCUUCUACUUGACUAAACUUCAUAAAUCUCAAAAUAUCUUUUUUAGCAUGUAUAGGUAGGUGGUUUCAUAUUGAAAUUAACUUAACACACUAUAAGAUAAAAAAGAUUAGAAACCGCUAAAAAAUUUCGAACAUUUGAACUUGUAGAGAUACGGUAAGAUUAUUGUUAUAGGUAUAAUUAGGUAAAUAAUAAUAUUUACAUUGUUAUCUAGAUAGACUGCAUUAAAAAAUUUUGCGCUAGUUUUCAACAAAAAAAAAAAAGAUAAAAAUUAUCUGCCACUACGGCUAAACCAUUUGCUAUCCUGUGACUAAUAAAUAUGAUAAGAAUAUUUAUUUUUAAAUGACAAUAAACUUUAAUAAUAAUGCACAUCGUAGACUAAUUAUUUUAGUCAUUAAAGCUGUGGCUGUUGGGUGGGUGUUAAGUAAAAAGGAAAGUUAUUAAAUAUUUAGUUUAUUAUUGGGAAACCUAUUUAUAGAUAAUAUGGAAUAUGUACAAGACAUGCUGACAGAAUUGAAAACUCAUCCCAGCUGGCUAAUAAUAAUUGCCUCCCUUUCUUUGAUCUGCACCCUCAGUAUAUUCGUUUGCGUCCAAACAAUGAAGGCUAAAACCAAAAGGGAAGUUGGAGUAGACUCAGAUACCGCCAUAUACAGUCCGAUCGGAGAAUUCUAUUUUCUUUCUGGACAGGAAUUCGAAGAAUCCAAAUUAUGAUUGAUUUUGUGGAGUAUCUCAUUAUAAUUUUUUAACGCUUAGAUUUUGAUUUAAUGCAUAUUUUAUUAAUAAUGAUAUACCUACCUACUUAGGAACUUAUAUAGUUGUAUUUAUUUUAAUAUUUUAUGUUAGACUUUUAAUAAAUUUUAUCAGUUGCCACGUU